AUGCCGGGCAGGACGCCACGGAUUUUCAGCAUAGUAAGCGGGAAAAAGAAAGUUACUGGGGUACUUUUCUGUGAUGUGGAGGGGAGCCAGCUGGGAGCACGAAGCACCAACCAAGAAAACAAGAAUAUUCCAUCUGGCUUUAAUUUCCUGGAUCCUUUCAUAGCAUUUCAUCUUGACAAGACAUUGGUGAAAAAGUACAUGAGCCCACUCUUGAUUGGGGAAUUGGCACCGGAUCAACCCAGCUUUGAACCCAGCAAGAAUAAAAAGCUGGUAGAAGAUUUCCGUGAGCUCCGUGCUACUGUUGAGAAGAUGGGACUCCUCAAACCCAACCGUGCCUUUUUCCUCCUGCAUCUUUGUCACAUCUUGGUGCUGGAUGUUGCAGCGUGGCUCACCAUCUGGUACUUUGGAUCAUCCACCAUGCCUUUCCUCUUCUCUGCGUUGCUUCUAGGCACUGUCCAGGCUCAGGCUGGCUGGCUCCAACAUGAUUUUGGACAUCUUUCAGUCUUUAGUGAGUCCAAAUGGAACCACUGGGUGCACAAGUUUGUGAUCGGCCACUUGAAGGGAGCACCAGCCAGCUGGUGGAACCACCUUCACUUCCAGCACCACGCGAAACCCAACUGCUUCCGAAAGGACCCCGAUGUUAACAUGCACCCCUUAUUUUUUGCUUUGGGAAAAAAGCUCUCUGUAGAGCUUGGUGAACAAAAGAAGAAAUUCAUGCCUUAUAACCACCAGCACAAGUACUUCUUCAUCAUUGGUCCCCCAGCUCUGGUGCCUCUAUACUUCCAGUGGUACAUAUUCUACUUUGUAGUACAGAGGAAGAAGUGGGUGGAUCUGGCCUGGAUGCUGACCUUCUACAUCCGAUUCUUUCUCACCUACCUGCCCUUACUGGGCGUGAAGGGUAUCCUGGGGCUUCAUCUGUUAGUCAGGUUCAUAGAGAGUAACUGGUUUGUCUGGAUUACACAAAUGAAUCACAUCCCAAUGCAUAUUGAUUAUGAUAAGAAUGUGGACUGGUUCUCUACCCAGCUCCAGGCAACCUGUAAUGUUCGUCAGUCCUUAUUCAAUGACUGGUUCAGUGGACAUCUGAACUUCCAGAUUGAGCACCAGUGA